CGUGAAGAAGCAACGGGUGUUUCCGUCCGAUAUAGGUCCCACCUCGAAGUCUCGGCCUUGUCCCACUUGCCGAGCACUUUCAAUUGUGCACGCUGGCUGUUACAUUCAUGAAGAUAAGGACGAAAGCAACGUCGUUUUCGAUUACAGAAUUGACCUUAGGACGAAACGACAAUGUCCCACAGUGUGACGAUCAGAACGCAAACAGUAACGACCAGCUCGUCGACUUACUAUGUCAACACAGGCUACUUGAAAACUUGGAGCGGUAUCUGCAAGCUCCUACAACUGGCGCUGGGCAUAGUUUGCGUAGGAAUUAUUAGUAACGAAUUUGACAAAUACCAUUAUCGGAAUGCGACCGCGACGUUCUUUUUACUUAUGACGACCACCUUUAUGAUUGGGACUUUUAUCCUCCUUCUCAGCUGCCUGAUAUCUUUUUCUACUGCAUCAGUUUUAAUGAAAACCAUUUACGUAAGUAUUUCUAUGUAUAACAAAGAUUUCUCUGUAGGUUGAUUCGCUCAUGUAUUU